AUGGUUCCGAUGCCAUUACGAGGGUCGAAGUAUGCCCCGCGAUUCAGAGGUAAGCAAUUGGAGACGUUCCUGAUUGAUUUCGAGAAGUUAGCGAAGCGUGCGGGCCUCAAGGAAGAAGAACUGCCUACAGAAGUCCUGACGUACUGCUCGUCAUCGGUCCGCGACCUCUUGCGAAAGAACGCGGCGUUCAAAGGUAACGAUUGGAACGCAGCAAAGAAGGUCAUGCGACUCUUCUAUAGAGACAAGAGCGACGAACAGGUAACAGUAUUGGGCUUACGAGAGUUCUCUGAGCGCAUGCGGCGAAAACAGAAGGUAGGUACAAGCCGCGCCCUAGAUGAAUACGCGAUCGCGUUCGGUAAGCGUAUGGGGGACCUGGUCUCGCAAGGGCAACUGACAGAGAAGGAGAGAGACGUACUGUUUUAUAGGGGUCUAGGUAAGAAUGUGCGCGCAGGGAUCCGGAGCGCUCUCGAACAGAUCAAAGGAGGAAGACCUCUGAUCGUGGACCCCCCGUCAAUGGAAGAAGUGUUGAAAGCGGCGCAAGACCUUUUCAAUGUACUAAACAUCGACUACGAUCCGAGUUCAGGAGAGAACGAGUGGGAUAGUGAUACUGAUAGCGACGAAGGAGGUCGACACAAGAACAAGCGAAAGAAGACGAGGGUGGUGAAGGUAAAGACCGAGCAAAAGGGGACGACGAUACCAGAUACAGGUGCCCUGGUCGAGCAGGUAACAAGACUGUCCGAACAAAUACGACAAAUGGCUCUUGCCGUUGGGCAAGCUUCUCGGAAGGUGGUCGCUAUUGCUGGGGGUGUGACCAUCGAUUUGCUGCGUGAGGGUCUCGUCAAAUUUGCAUCAGAGAGUGGACGCUUGGUACGUAUGGAUGGGUCCCCUCUUCCCCAGGCGAAUGGAUUACCAGGCGGGUUUGCUGCUAUCAUUCGAAGGGAGUAUAGAGAGUGGAGAGGUAAGGAGCGCGACGUACCGCCUCACCAAACAGGAAAGCCGGCGAAUGUGUUCACUAUGGGUUUGAUGCGCAACGAGGAGCGCGUCUUACAGGGUAAUGUAUUCGCAGCUUCUUCCGAAGAGGUAUACUCCUUUCCAGUGCAAACACGUGCGCAACUGAAGAAAGGUGGGAACGUGCCCGCUACUGAUGAGUUACAGAAGUCGGUCCGGUUCGAGUUUGAACAUAGGACGGAAGGCGGCAACACGACGACGCCAGAGGUCACAGUACGUGCGCCUGCGACUCCGACAAAGUUGACGCCGUUAAAGGGAGUGGUACCGUCAAUGACCGAGGUAAUGCCCCAUAGAAGCAACACCGAAUCUGGCUGGCGCGAGCGUGAACGUCUCAAGCGAGAAGGGCGUCAGAACACGAGCGAUGCAGAGAGGAGUAGGUUCAGUAAGUACUCACAGUUCAGGUUCACUUCCGAGAUACAGGAAGGACUGUCGAUCGAGGGGGUGCAAGACAAAAUACUAGAGACACCGGUGACUUUGCCCCUGCGCGAAAUCCUGGGGAUGGCACCCGAGCUUCAAAAGAGGUUUGCGGUACUGACUAGGACGAGGAAGGAAGCAGCGUCACGGAGUGUCGAGGCUAUAGAGACUGGCGAACAAGGGAUGGAGGACGACGCGCGGACAAGCUACGAUGAAGACCCAGGGAGUGCGAUGUUGGAGUACACGACAGCCGAAGAACUGUAUGGCUUGCUGGAAAGGUACGCUGGGGCCGUCGCUAUUGGGUCAAAGAGGUUCUACGCUAUGGCAUGUGGGUUCCUACAUGGGAAAUUCGGAACAGAACAGGUGACGUUCCUAGUUGAUUCCGGGUCGGAGCUAAAUUUGAUUACACGCCGUAUUUGGGAGCAAGCUGGCGUGGAUAUGGAUGAAGACGGGUCACGUUGGUCUCUGAAAGGGAUCAACGGAGAUCCGGUGCCCUUACUCGGCUGCUGUCGUGACGCGCCUGUCGAAAUAGGUGGGAAGCGAUUUGACCAUCAUUUCUUUGUCAGCAACAGGGAGUUUGGCAACUACAACGGUAUUCUAGGGCAACCGUGGUUGCAAUGGAACUCGACACAGGUAGAGUAUACGCGUGGGGGACAAGUUGACAUCGUUGUUUACCCUACAGGAGACAAGUCAGGCGAGAAGGUCAAGCUGAAGAUACUAGGAACAUCGCAUCCUCGGAAUUCGGAACGACUGGUCAUGGAAAAGCCUCCGAAGCAGCAACUAGUCGCGACCAUCGAGGAGGUGUCCGACCAGGGUUUCUAG